AUGUCAGCGGUUAACUUGUGUCAAGAACUUAAUUGCCGCAAUGUUCAAAAUGCCAUUUGUUUACAUUGUACUAAGCGUUUGUGUAUCAAUCAUAUCAAACAACAUGCCGAACAUUUGCUCGAUGAAGCUAAUUCCCUAUGCGAUCAGUUGAACGAGUUAACUGAGUACAUUGCAGUCAGAUCUACAGAUACUGGGAAAGCAGCUGUUCUGGAACAGUUACACAAUUGGCGGAUAACGAUGAUUGACGAAGUUGAAAAGUUGUACAUGGAAAAGUUGCAAUAUGUUGAACAACAUGACACGUUACUGUGUGACAAACUAAAUCAGUUUCAUCAAUCUCUAGAUCAACGUCUUGCACACAUACGCAUACCACUCGAACAUUUACACGCAAAACAAACAACAAAUCAAGAUGAAUUAAAUCAUAUAAGACAAAAUAUAAGUCGCUUAGAAGCUGAAAUAGAUGCAUUACAAUGGCAGAUUGAUGUUUCGACCAAUAGGAUAGACCUAAAUCGAACAAUGUUUGUUACAUCGAAGCAAAGUACCAAGAUGAUGACCAAUAUACAGUCCAUGGCAUCUUCCGUUAAUUCCAAUCAGAUCCAUAAUAGUCCUAUACCACCAUCACAAAAUAACCCUCGCCAUUCUUCGAUAUACAAUAAUACUUCAUGUUUUGCAAAAACAAACGCGGGCUAUGCACCUAAUCAAGUUCCACUUAUUGCACACAAUUCUACUACGCCACCAAGUGAAAAAUUAGUUUUUCCAACUGAACCAUUUCUACCAAACCCACCAAAAAACAUUGUAUCAAUCACUACCGCAAAAUCUGAUAAAUCUCCUCCAGUUAUUCAGUCUAAACAAAGUGCAGCUGAUACUGCAUCAAAGACCAUCAAUACGUCUUCGGAGAUACUAACGUCAUCCAAUUGUACAGUACAAAAACCCUUGCUCAAAGAGCUUGAACAUCAAAUGCCAUUAUUGAGGAAAGUUUUAUCUGCCAAUAUUGAAAACGAAUUUCAAGCAUUGUAUGGAAUUCAGCUGUUUUGUACGACAUCAGUCAAGUUAACGGUUUCGAGAACAACUUUUACUCGAUGGUUAGACAGGCUUAACACGGUUGAUUUACUGUUUCAAACAUUUUAUGACUAUGGAUGUAUUAGACGAGAAGUAUUUGUUCAAUGGCGUGACUGCCCAAAUGGAGACGAACUUCAUGGACAUGACUCAGUAGCUAAAAACACAACAAAUUUUUUCCACAAACUUGCUAUGCCUGCUAGCAAUUACGCAUCAGCAAUGGAAGAAGUACUAGUACAUGAAGAAGUAGUAUAUGAAGAAGGAAGAAGUACAGGAAUGGAAGAAGUAGAUUAG